UAAAUAAUAUAUUUUCUGGAGAUUGUUAUAGAAACUUAUGAUUUUUAGUUUUAUUGUUGUAAAAGAACUGUCAAUAAUUAAAGUGCACUUAACUUUUUGUUGUGAUACGUCGAGUUUAUUAAACUACAGUUAUAAGUGUAGCCAGCUGUAAAUUAAAUGACUCACUAUUGUCCCUUGGUUGGUAAUGCAUUUCUUCUGUUUACGCAAUUCUGCACAUCACUAAUCAUGAAUUUUAUGCUUAAAAAGUAGCGAAAUUUUACAGUAGUAUAAGUUUUACAAUCAAUAAAGAGCCAGUAUGGAGGCCAUUGCAAAGCAUGAUUUCAGUGCCACUGCUGAGGAUGAACUAAGUUUUAGAAAAGGUCAAAUUUUAAAGAUAUUAAAUAUGGAAGAUUCUGAUUGGUAUAGGGCUGAACUUGAAACUAAAGAAGGCUUUAUACCCAGUAAUUAUAUAGAAAUGAAAAACCAUGAUUGGUACUAUGGGAGAAUAUCUAGAGCUGAUGCUGAAAAAUUACUACUGACCAAACAUGAAGGGGCUUUUCUGAUUCGUGUGAGUGAGAGUUCUCCAGGAGAUUUCUCACUUUCUGUCAAGUGUGGAGAUGGUAUACAGCAUUUUAAAGUUCUGAGAGACACUCAAGGCAAAUUCUUUUUAUGGGUUAAGAAGUUCAGUUCCCUUAAUGAACUAAUAGAUUAUCAUCGCACAGCUUCUGUGAGUCGAUCUCAUGAUGUGAAACUGAAAGAUAUUCAAAAAGAAGAGUUCUUGGUGCAAGCAAUGUACGACUUCAAGCCUCAAGAACCUGGAGAACUUGAACUUCGUCGAGGGGAUAUAAUAACUGUUCUGAAUCGUUCAGAAAAAAAUUGGUGGAAAGGCAAAAUUGGAUCACGAAAAGGCAUUUUUCCAGCUACGUAUGUGAUGCCAUGUAAUAGAUGAAAGAUUGCUUGGAGCAGCUUUCAUUGAUAUCCUUUUCAAUUUAAGGCUGAAUAUAUCACAAAAUAUACCAUUUUCAGCCUUUGCAUGUCUUUGACUGCACAUUCUAAACACCUGUAAAAUUAGUUGCCAUAGAGUUUUAAUUUCUUUUGCAUGUCUCUAGACUUUUGAGUACAGAAAAAUAUUUGUGGUCACACAUGUAAAAUUUUUAAAUUUCCUUAUCAGACUUUAUAGUUUAAGUAUGUUUUGACAUAUUCACACAUAUGAUUUUAAUUGUUUGAAUAUUUAUUUCAUAAGCCUAUGAAGUAGAAAUAAAUCGUAGGAUUUGUGCAGUUUUGAACUAAUUUUCUGAUUUUUGGGUGUUACUAAGUUGAAGAAAAAUAUUAAUGAUAACAAAGUGAAUUUCAAUUUUAGUUUUAAUAGUUAUACAUAUAAAAAGUUCCGUUUUGUUACAGUUCUUAAAACUUAUUUAUGUAUUUUCUGAUAUUCUAAGUAUAAUAGUUUUUAUGUUUUAAUUUUUAUGAAGGGAUCAUACUGUGAAAAUCUGUGCUUUAUUUAUUGUUCAUGGUUAUGAGUUUUGAACAAUAUAGUGUCAUUUGAUAGAGAUAAUAUUACAGGGAUGCAUGCAAGUUCAUGAUAUUAAUAUUUUUUGUAAUAUUGCAGUUGAUAAGAAUAGCAGUAAAUUUGCUUAAUGCAAUUAGUGUAGAAGUGAUUCAAAAGUUUUUGUUUGAGAGCUGUAUGUCUUGAUGUUUGUUUCACUCUAUUUUAACACUAGCAAUUAGGAAACUGUUCCAUUGAUGAACUGUAUUAAAGAUAUGUAAUUAAAGUCUGCUGUGUGCUCCAUAAAAAAAAUAGUCCUCUUGGUGGACUAUUUUUUUUAUGGUCCUCUUUCAGAAAUGUUUUCUGUGAUCUAUGUGAUGGAAAAAAAAUCAUGUAAGAAAUUUUCCAUUAAGAGAAUUUAGCUUUUUUUAAAAAAAAAAAAACUCUAGCAAUGUAAGAAAGUGCAAUAUUGUACAGUACAAUGAAUCUUUACAGAGGUUAUUUGAAUGUUUUGCUAUUAAUUGCACAUUAUAAUUCCUCAAAUAUGUGACAACAGUAAGACACAAUGUACAGUAUUGUUGAUAGUGUUCUUUACGAAGGAGGGAAAAAAAAUGGUUAACAGCAACUUGCUGUGCUUUGAAUGUAUUUAGGUGGCUCUAAUAUCAAUAAAUAUAUCAUACAUUCCACAUACAAUUCCAAGUGCAAUGAAUGCCUUAAAAGUUGCACAUUGAUGAUCACUGCAUAUAUAAAAAUCAUUUUGUCCUAGAUGUGGUCAUAUAUUGUACCGUAGUUAUGUCUUGUAGUGUUGUUAAACAAACUUUUUUAUUAUCCUGUAUAUCUGGCAGAAGAAGAUUGAGUCUUUUAAAUCUCAGCUAACAGUAGUUUGGUUUCAAGCAUCUGAUCAUUGUAUCUAAUAUAUUCAUCUGUGUUAUUAAACCUUUUUUUUUUUUUUUUUUUUAUUAUUUGCAGUUUUUCUAAAUUAAAAAAAAAAACUUAGUAUAUAAAAAUAUAGUGCAAAUUUUUCUUUGAACAAACUCCUUAGUCUCUCAAGGUGUGUGGGUAUUUUGUGACUUCUGUGUAUUAAAUAUUUUUUAUUGCGUGUAAAAAAGUGUUUAUUAAUAAUUAUAUAUAUGGUGUAGUUCAAGAAGUAUACGUUACAAGAUCAGAAUACAGUAGAAGUCUGACUAUGCAUCAACUGUGACCGAAAAGCGUAAGAAACCAGAAUAUUUUACAAACUUCUCCCUGUCCUCCAGAAAAUAAGCAAAUAAUAGACUUUUAAAGCCAUCAUUAAAGCACUAAUAUGAUACUAUCACCAAACAGUAUGAUUUAAUACUAAUAAUAUAAGUACUUACAAUACAGAUAAUGGAUAAGUAUGAUUUCAUUUCCAUUCAUUUGGCAUCUCUACCAUGAGUUGCACUUUUUAUACACUCUACUAUCCAGAAUUUUCACUUAUCCAGCCUGCAUUUACCGAUUUUUCUGCAUAGCCAAAUAUUUACCAUAUAUGAUGAAAUAUUUGCAGCAAAUUAUUAUAUUGAAAAAAAAUUAAAAAUAGAAAAAACAUAGCCAAUGUUACUAACAUAUUAAGGCUUGCAGAUAAAAGCACUUAGUAUACUUAUACUUCAGUAAUAAAUAAUAAUGUUGUAUUGUUUCUGGAAAAAUGUUAUUUUAAAUUGUAUGUAAAGCAAAUUAAUAGUAUGUCGUGAAUUAAUAAUCUGGGUAUCAUUCUGAACAGAAGUAUUAAGCAUGAACAUUUUAAUUAAUUUAUACCUGGUUAGGUUGUAACCAUAUUUUAAACAUUAGGCUAUAGUCAUAUUUGUGAUCACUCCAACAUAAUAUGGUUGUCUGUGUGUCUGUUUAUAUUUUAUUAAAUAAAACCUUUGAUAAAAUAUAUAAACAAUCUGUGGCUGUUUAUAUUUUUAUUAAAUAAAACUGUUGAUAAAAUAUUGUAAUUAUUUAUUAAGUAUAAUAUUGAAAUUAAACUUUUAAAUUGAAAUUUAAAAAUGAAUUAUUCACAAACUUACGUUUUACUAGAUUAUUGUUUGAGUAUUGUGAUGUUCUAUCUUUACCCAAAGAGGCUUGGGGGAGGAGGCAAGUAGACUUUAAGAGGUUAAACAUUUAAUCUUGCAAAUAUUAUGCAAGCAUUUAAGUCUGAUUCAUUGUGCAGUUAAAGAGUAUUUAAGUACUGUAACAAAAGGGAAAAGUGUUUUAUUAUAAGGAGUUACCAAUAUAGCUAUUUAUUUUAAACACACACAAAUUUCUGUAUUUUUUUAAAGGUUUUUGUAGGAAAAAUGUUUUAUUAUAAAGAAUUUACCAAUAUAGUUAUUUAUUUUACACACAUACAAAUUUUCAUGUUUUUUUAAAUUUUAAAGGUUGUUGUAUAUUCUUUAAAAAUUAUUUUAUACAAAUAUUGAAUAUAAUUUGUUUCAUGUUUCUGGUAGCUUAGAGCUAUUUUUUAUGGAUUGCAUUAAUUUAUUUCCUUUUAAUAUGAAUUUUCAAUAUUGUUGAAAUGCCAGUAUUAUAAAUGUUUAAAAAAUUUACUUUUUUUAAUCAUCUAAUUCAUACAUUCCAGUAUUUUGAAGCAAUUCUACUAAAUGUUUUUUAGAUUAAUCGUGAAAGAUAAGUAAUAUAAUUGUUUGUAGUAACCAGGGAUAUAUUGCUAAUGAUUUAUAGAUUGAAUCUCUUUUGCUCUGCAGGUUUGAAGAAAUAAAGUAUUUAAAAGUUGUGCAAUGGUAUUUUUUUAAAAAUUUAUUAAGGCUCAUGGAAACAAAAAGAAACUGUAUAUAGAUCUUAAGCAUGCAUUUUCUAGUUUGAGCUUUUUGUCCAUUUGCAGAUUUUCUGUAUGAGUAAGACUGCAAAGAUAGCUUUUUAUAGUUAUGCAAUGUUUACAGUUUUUGUUAGAUUCUUGGUAAUAAUAUUGUCUCUAUUCUCAAUAUUAUAAUUUGCUUUGUAGCUUUUAUUGUGAUGUUCUGUAAUAAGCUUCCUGAAUUUUUUUUUAAGUAUUUGUAAUUUAUGACUGGACAAAUGAAUUGUAAUAUAUAUAUACACACAUAUAUCUAUAUAUUAUCUUUUUGUAGUUCUCUUUACAAAUUAUGCAUUGUAAUUUACAUGGAUGUAAAAAGGAUAUUGCUCUAAUUGUUAAAAAUAAGGUUGGUGAUUGUUUUUUAUACAGAUUGAGAAUAGGACAAACUUGUAAAUAUUUAUUUUGUAUUUGUUGUGCAAUAAAGUGGUGGCAAUACACUUUAUUAGUAUUCAAAAUAUGAAGAAAUGAUUUUGCUUUUUGAAAUAAAAUUUAGUCAUUUUAA